AUGGUUUUGCCUACCACCAUCAAAAACUUUUUUACCGCCAUCGGAAACUCUUUUGUGAAGAUAUUUACCCUCAUCAAAGACUUUAUAUGGCCUGGGUUUUCUGAUGCCGAGCCCGUUUCAGUUAGAGUGCCCAAGAAAUGGACCAAGAUAAUUUUCAUGCUAGGCGUAGCUGGUUAUUUUGUCUGGAAAUGUAUUCAGCUGGCAAGCACCGAAGUAUCUGUAAGCACUUCUCGGGACAAAGCUGAUUUCAUUCCGAUGCCUAAAUUCAGUUCCGAUUAUAACUUUACAGUCGUUUGCAUCAUAGUAUAUAUGGACGGAACCUUUAAUAAGCUACCCGCUUUUGGUCCAAAUAAUACGGACUCCGGCAGAUAUGUGGCAAGAUUCGAACAAGAAUUAAAUUUUGGAAUCCCUAGUACUACUUUAACCAAUGGGACGCUGAGUAACAUUGAAUUUGAUAUUACUAUACGAGAUCAGUUUUAUUCAAUUGGCAGUUCAGAUGCUCGAAUACAAGUGAACAUGUUUGAUUCCGACACGGAAGCAAUUUACAAAUCACCGGGAGGCCAGCCAAAGGUCGUGUCUGAUUAUGUGGCCACGUUGUUUAAUGCCAAUCUAUACAAUAUAGCUAAAGGCUUUAGCUCCGAUAUCGGCAUGGAGCGCUCUCUCCGUAAGGUCCUCCUUCCAGAUGCACGGAAUCUCAUUGUUGGACAGGCUACUUACGUUGAUAUAAACCUGCUGGCGACCAGAAUCGCUCCGGUUCCGCUUAUUACUUCCGACAUCACAACUUAUGCGACUGUCACUGUCCACCCCACGUCUUAUCUAGUUAUAACGGAAACUGAAAAUUCUGACUCGUCAGUGCUCGACGUAUUAAGUGCGGUAGGUGGUAUAUAUGGUACGGCAAUGACAUUCUAUAUAAUACUAUUUGGCGCUGACAGAGUGGGAGCGCCUUGGGGAUUGUACCAAAUAAUACCUCCCGUCAAAAGGGAUGUCAGGAAAGAACUUGCUGUGCUAGCAGAAGCCGGUCUAUUCAAAGGUUCGUUAGUCCACAAAGCCGGUGCGAAUACAGAAACCAAUGAAGGAAUCCCAGAGAAAGAAGAUGUGACGCUGCCGCCAGAAACAGUUAAUAGAUCGAAUGUCUUAUCUUUAGAAGAGAAACAAGCUGCAAUGGAAGAAAGACAAACUACAAUGGAAAACAGACAAAUUGCACUUGAAGUUUUUUUGAAAGAUUACGUUUUAGAAGUAGAUUAUGUUUUUGAGGAAUAG